AUGGCUGGCGACGAUCAAGACGACCAGCCCACCAGCAUGUACCAGAGUACUUCUUGGCAAGCUCCUCCUGGAGCACAAGCUUCGGGCGCGGCUGCUCCCGACUCUGCUGAGUUACCUAGACCCUUUGACAAGGCGAUGCAUCCUCCGUCGGCUGGAGGUGCGCCGCCUGAUCCGUGGGCUGACUACUUGUCAUCCAACCAGUCGAGAGCUUGGGACCACCCCUCUUGGCAGUGGCAGGGAAACUCCUGGAACGGAUGGCACUCCUGGGACGACGCGAAGAUGCAGCAGAACGAGCCACGCGGGGGAUACGCGUGGGGUCGUAAUUGGAGUUGGGAUGCUACCUGGGCUUCGGGGUCUACUGGCUCAGGUGGCGACAUCUACCCGGACGGCGAGGAAGAGAAGCACGGCGACGACGGGAGGGCUACUACCACGACCUCCAGGAGAUCGGCGAUGUUGGCCGCAAGUACAUCCACGGCACCGGCGGCUACUACACGUUCGGCGAUGGACUCCGAGAGAGGAGAGGAACGAGGUGAAGAUCAUGGGCGCGGGCCUUCGGAACGAAUGCUCGUUCCCAGCUUCUCUGGCGACGUUGGAGCUGGAGAAGGGAGUGAUCUGGGAUCUACUGCCAGGUCCUACUUGCGACAGGUUGCAGCUUGGCAGAAGAUGACAAGGAUAUCUGCCAAUCGCCAGGGGUUGGUGUUAUACCAACACCUAUCCGGCAAGGCCUGGAUAGAGGCCGAGCGCUUGGACAUCGACAAGCUCAGCGGGCCGUCAGGAUCCGCGUACUUCGUCGAGUGGAUCCGUGAAAGGUACCUGGAUGUUCAGGUGACCCAGGUCGGGAGGAGCCUCUCAGAGUUCUUCCGCAAAUUGCGGAAGAAGCCAGGACAGAAUAUCCGGGACUACGUCGGCGAGUUCGAUCGGGCACAGGCCCGCUUGGAGGAGUGCGGCUGCACUCUUCCGGACAUCGCUCUGGCAUGGAUGUUCGUCGACCGGCUAGGCUUGGAUGAACCUUCGGAGCUCAACUUGUUGGCCAGUGUGGGGAACGUGUAUGAUCUUCGUCGCCUACAACAGGCGGCGACCAUCCACGACAGGGCGCUCAGGAAACCUUGGGAAGGCACUACCUCAACUACCAGGCCGUGGCAGCGUCGGCAGGGGCAGUCCGUGCACUACACCGGCAACCACGACCUCGACGACGACUUCCACGGCGAGGACUGCGGCACAGAGAAUGCACCUGGAGAUGAACCCUUGACUGAGGGCAUGGCCGAGGAGCUCUUCACCACCUAUAUGUCCCACGAGACGGCCAAGCAGAAGUACCGCGACUCCCAGCGCGGUCGCGGGACGGACCCUCAGGCUAUGAAGGAGAUCGCUGCUGCUAAGCUUCAACAACUGAAAGCUAGAUCGUUUUGUGCGGGGUGCAAACGACGAGGGCACUGGCACAAGGACGACGCUUGUCCCUUGAACCAAGGGAAGGGGCUCAAGGACGCUGCUGAGCAUGGUGGCAGCGGUGGAGCCGGGCCAAACACCAAGGCAUCCUACAUGUGCAAUGUCGUCUACGUCGCCUGGAACAUUGAGGAGGAUAUCUGCACUGGAGAGUUCGACGCCAUCACAGAUACAGCCUGCUCCAAGUCUGUUGCCGGAAAUGGCUGGCUCGACGAGUACAUCGGCAGGCUCGAAAGGAUCGGCGAGCGACCCCGGCUACUGCCCAACGACGACAACUUCAAGUUCGGAGCCUCCAGAGUCUUCCACUCCGACCGCGCCUGCAUUGUGACCUUCAAACUUGGCCAGGCUGUCGUAGAGGUCAAGGUAGCCAUCGUCACAGGCGACCUUCCACUUCUUCUGUCUCGACCUGUGUUGGCGAAGCUGGGGAUGAUCAUGGACGUGGCCCUCAAUCGAGCCGACUUCAAGGCAGUCCAGCUAAAUCAGGCGCCAGCUGACUUUUGGUCCGACGGUGAGAUCAUGUUCCUCUACUACCGCUACUACUACCUGUCAGUCUUCGUCUACGUCGACCACUACCAGGGAGUGUCAUGCAAGACCGGCCAGAACAUGGAUCCAGUGUUUGAUGUUUGGAGUGCCGAUGACCAUGAUAUGGCCACGUCCCCCGCGGCGACGAAGCAGCCAUGCGUUUCUCAGAUGAACAAGGCGGCCCUGCUCAGCGAGCUCCAACAGAGGAACAUGACGGUUCACCCCAAGUGGACAGUACCCGAGCUCCGGAGCAUCCUUUCCGAGGAACGGGCCAAGGAGAAGGCGGGCAACGUACCCAAGGGGCUCAGCAGCAUGACCCUCGACGACCUGAAGAAGACGGCCGCGAACCUCAACAUCGUGCUCCCGGACAACACGAACCGCGGCCUCAUCAUGCGCAUGAUUCGGGACUCCACCGAGGACAAGAGCGAGCACAUCAUGACCUUCGGCCGCUACAAGGGCUACCUGUACGAGGAGGUCCCGAUGGGGUACCGGAAGUGGGCCCAGGAAGAGAUCCGUCGCAACACCAAUGCUUCGGACGACCUGAGGAUGUUCGCAAUGUGGGCCGAGCAGGACGAGAACAAGAUGACGCAUGCGCAGGCCAAGUCCUACUAUGCGGACCCGGAGACCACAGCCGUGGUCCCCUACAACCCGGAAGAGGAGAGCAAUUGGGAGGUGGUGACCGAGGGGACGGAGUCUUCUUCGAGUGCUACGAGGAAGAGUGCGACCGGACUCCCGAUGAAAGGGGGGUACGCGGCGACCAUGGACCUCGAUGCGGACCAAGCGGAUGCCCAGGCCCUCGAGGAAAUCAGAGCCCUGGAGAUGAGCGAGACUGAAGGUGACUACCGGGACUGCAUUGAGUGCGUUGAUGGGCAAAGGGAGAAGGACUACUACGACACGCUCGAGAUCAACGAGGUGAUGUGCGAGGCCUUCGUGACGGACGAGACCGCCGAGGAGAUGAACACUGCGGGGCUUCCACGGCCCAACCACGACCUUGCGGUUGAGCUGGCCUCCUACGCUGCCGCGGCGAACAACGACUUCACCUACCAGACCCUCUUCCGCAUCGCCACGCUCCUUCCGGAGGAUGCUCGGGUAAAUCUCCGACAAAGUGCAGAAGGCAGCGCCGGACGACGAGGGCUUGUCGGCGGAGUCUGGACUCACGGAAAGAUGGCUGGCAUCACCAACAAUGUGGUCGUGUUCCCUUGGUUCGUCAAGUACCUCAGCGGAUGGGCGAGCCACCAUGGAGUCGCUUCGUGGACCAGCUUCAUGUUGACAGAGAAUGUUAGCCAUGGCGUACACUCUGACAACCACAACCUCCCUGGCUACCCGAACAUCACCACCAGCUUCGGUGAGUUCAACGGCGGUGAGCUGUGGAUGGAAGUCAAGGAGGCCGAGCGGACCCCCGACGAGACCUACGUGUGGAGGCAAGGAAGCGAUGGCAAGGAACGGCCGGGUAGACUCACCUCCACCCAGCGACGGAUCGUGAGCUUCGACCCGAAGAUACGACACGCCACUCAACCAUGGAGUGGCACAAGGUGGUGUUUGACCUUCUUCGCUUCACGGGGAAUUGCUGCUCUUGAUCGCAACGGACGGGAACUACUACGCCGCCUGGGGAUGGUGCUCCCGGAUCUUCGCAAGCGACCUCCGCUACUUGAUGAUCGGCCACCAGCCGGAAGACCCGCUAAGCGGAGCGCCAGGAAACUAAUCCACCGUACUUCCAAACGUUUGGGGGCACUGGCCACCUGGUCCAUCAUGGCGGCUAGCUCCUUCCUCGAGGCGCAUCUACCCACUCCCGGAGGACCUGAUGGCGUUGCUCUAUGUGAAGUGGGAGGCACUACGAGGACCGAGGAAGCCGUGGAUGCUGACUACCUGGCAACGGAACCGCUGGACCAGGCCUACAUCCUGCGAGAAGGAGGCCGCACACGCGGCCUAGAGCUUAUUCGGACUCUGCGCCCGAGCACGUUGUGGAUCCAUGGAGACGCUGUUGACCUUUGUGAAGACGCUGUCAGCGACUACAUCCAGGAGCAGCUCGACGCGAGUCGCCGAGUCGUGGUGGACGCGGCCCCCGACGGCAACUUCUGGAGGACUGGGUUCGGAGUACGUCUUCUACAAGAUCCUACAGCGACCUUGUACGAGGAAGCGGGACUGAAGACGGUCGAGUUCAACAGCACCCGUGCGGACUGGAACGAAGCCACUGAGUCUAUCUACCCGGGCACGAUCAACGUCUACAUGGCGCAGACGAGUGGCGAGAGUCCGCCACCCGCGGAAAAGGUCGUGGGAGUCGAUGUUUUCUCGGUGGUGGAUUCUACGGGUCGGCGGGUCGAGAUGCUUUCAGUCUUCGACCAUGGAACCUCUUUCCACGUGGUCGGGGAGCUCAGAGAACAUAGCACCGAGGCGAUGGAGCAGACGUUCUGCGAAGUCUGGACAAGGACUUUCGGGGCCCCGGGCACCAUUGCCCUCGACCUGGAGUCCGGCCUUCAGGCUGGACUCGCACGCUACAGCUCCUGGCAUGGAUGUCACCUACGAUCGAUCGCUGGGCAAGCUCACUGGCAACUCGGUGCCACCGAACGACAUGGGGGUCUUUGGAAGGCCAUCUGGAAGAGGGUCUGUGAUGACCUUAGCUUGAGAGAAGAAGAUGUUCCCAUGGGGAUCGCCGCGGUCAACGAUGCCAAGAACCAGCUUCGCCGGAUCAGCGGAUAUUCACCGGCACAGGCCGUCUUUGGCCGGGACCCCUACAUCCCCGGCGACUUGCUUGACGAGAAGGACGGGGAACAACAGGAACACUUGAUCAACCACGACCUUCAGGGAGCAAGCGAUUCGUCUGGUGAUGCCAAACUUCGCCGAGCCCUCCUUCAGCGAUCUCGUGUUGCUGGAGAGGAACUACACCCUGGCGACCUUGUCUUCUUUCUGCGGAAGCCCAAGAACACGAAGGACUGGUCUUGGAAGGGGCCAGGCACUGUUGUGGGGCACGAGCACCAGAACCUCUGGAUCUCCUUCGGAGGGAGGUGCCACCUGGUAGCGCCCGAACACACCAGACGGGCCACAAAUGAGGAGACUGGGAACGCCUUCAUUCUGAAGACCACCAAGGACGACCUCCAACGCCUCGCCGAGUUCGACCCCGACGAUGAGGAGAUGUAUGAGAGUCCUGAACGUCCUGGAGAUGACUACGUCCCGGACGAAAUGUUGGACAUCCUCGAUGAGACUUCUGUGUUUGACGACGAGAUCGAGCUCCCGGGCGAGGACGAGGUCGAGCUCCCGGGCGAGGACGAGGACACUACCAUGAGGAGUGUUCGUGAAGAUCCUCCCCAACUCCCGUCAAGGGGACCACCAAAGAGGAUGAGACAGAAGGGGCCCGAGCACGUGAACAUGCUCAAGCGGGCUACCACGGCACGAGGCCGUGAGAAACAGCUCGAACGAGAGUUGCCGUGGCACUGCAUACCUCCCGAGAAACACGCCGAUUUUCGCCGCGCAGAGGACAAGCAGUGGAGCGAGCAUUUGGAACAUGGUGCAAUGAAGCCAGUCGACGUGGAGACCAGCAAGAAGAUCUUGGCCGAGAAACCAGAGAGGGUGUUGCCAAGCCGGUUUGCAUACCGCGAUAAACACUGGGCCAAAAGAAAGACCAACCCGGACCUGGACUGGAAAUGCAAGGCGAGACUGGUCAUCGGAGGACAUGUCGAUCCGGAUAUCACUUCCGGAUUGACUACAAGCGCUCCGACAGUUUCCCGUCAAGGAGUGCUACUGCUUUGUCAGAUCCUUGCUUCGCGAAGGCAAAGAGGAUGGAGUGCCAGCGCCGGUGAUAUUACCUGCGCCUUUCUGAACGGCAACGAGCUCAAGCGAGAGCUGUACAUUCGCCAGCCCCGUGGAGGACUAGGUGACCUUCACCCUGAUCAGAUCGUGCAGCUCACCAAAGGAGUAUUCGGGCUGGUCGACUCCCCGAAUGCCUGGUACGAGAAGCUGCAGGGCACGAUCCUCGCGCUCGACAUUUCACUCUCUGAUGGCCGACGCGGAUACUUUGACCAGUGCCCCCUCGAUCCGUGCAUCUUCCAGUUCAAGGUGAAGGACCUCGAUGGGAACUCUGGUGCCCCUGAGGCGUACGUGGCCGUUCACGUCGACGACCUCUUGAUGGUUGGAGAUCGGGAGCUGAAUCGUCAGCUCAAGGACGCACUCUCCAAAGCCUUUCCAGUUGAUGACUGGGAAGACGACAGCUUCGAGUACAUGGGCUCCACCUUUACGAUCGACGAGAACGGAGUGACGAUCACCCAGGAGAGCUACGCGGACACACGACUGUUCGAGGUGGAGAUAGAGCCUGCGGCGAGUGACGAAUACCCCGCAAGUGCGGAACAGAGGGCAGACAACAGAAGCCUGAUCGGGGCUCUGUCGUGGAUUGCUGGACAGACCCGGCCGGACCUACAGACCGGAGUCUCAAUGGCUCAACAGCUUCAGCGGGAGCCGACCAUCGGGGACGUCCGCUUCACCAAUUCCCUCUCGAGGAAGGCGAAGCAGUACCGAACAUGUGGAGUCCACCUGACACCAGUGGACCUCGAGAACUGCGUGCUGCUGACCUACCACGAUGCCGCCUGGGCAAAUGCACCUCAGGACCCUGAUGACCCGUACUACCAGCUGACGCCCGAGGAGGACAUCUGCGGAACGAUGAGAGAGGGGCCCUUCGCCUCAAAGGACCGGAAGCCCAAGCGGGGAAAUUCGAGGAUAGCUUCGCAGCUCGGUGGCAUCUACCUCCUCGCCGACUCUAAGAUCUUGGAUGGAGACAGCUGCAACACCAGCCUUCUCGACUGGCGGAGCUGGGCCUGUGAUCGGGUGUGUCGCUCUACUUUUGCGGCAGAGACUAUGGCCUGUGCUAGCGGAAUCGAGAAUGCGCAGUACAUCCAGAGCUUUAUGGCUACGCUGCUGGCCGGAGUCCUUGUGCGCCCCAAGAACAGCCCCAUCAAGACCCGAUUCAUGAGUGACUGCCGUAGUCUUAGGUUUACCCAGAGUUCCUUCUGA